AGAUCAGCAGCAUGCUGGUCCCGACGACAAGAGACGAGCGAGGUCCGCCAGCCGGUCGUGUGCCCCCAAAUCUAACCCUCGAAUAUCGGUCUAUGUACCAUCACAACCAAAUACCAAGUUCUUCUUUGACUACAGAGUCAUCAAAAUACCCCCAUCGACGCCCGACGCCCCAGAAACAAAAUAUCUUUUCUUCAAAGUCUUCAUUAACGGCCGUCACAUUGUGGCUUGGGGCAUCGAUCUUCGUAAAGUCACCAGCGGCUCAGCCUAUCGAGCUCUGUACGGACCUGGCAGGCAUUACCAACAUUUCUCUGAAGACGGCAAGACUGUCAUGACGCAGCCAGGCAUCGAGGCGAGGUACUUCUGGUUCCUGUCUGAUGUCGGAUCUUUGGGCCAGAAUAGCGGUAUCAAAUCUGUUGCCGAUGAUGGCGGACUCAUUGAGGUCCAGGUCUUCAGGGCCAAGGGAAGAACAGGCCGCACUCCCGUGCUGGACCCGUACCGCAGUCAGGACAGGUACGGCGUUGGCGUCUUGAGUGACGGCCUGGUGGACAGACCAGAGGAGGCAGCUUACUACGACUACCAUCUCUACGACCCGAAAGAUGCCCCAUUUGCAACAUUUGACUUCCACUACCGAUCGUGGCAGAACUUGAGACAACUACACAUCAUCCCACACGAUGGACUCCAAGCUUUUGCAUCUACCUCUGACGAUAAAUUUGGACCCUCUGACCUUGGAUCUACAAAGCCUGUUUGGGAAGAGUUAGAGGAGUUUGGGGGUGGCGUCCACAAGGACCGCCAAGAAACACACACUCAGCAUUCCCGAAGCAGUUCCGCACCUAGGGCAUCAACCUACAAGCUGAUUAACGAGGAUAGCGGUAUAUUUGAUUAUCCUCAUUCUCGUGGCUCUGCUGCUUCAGCAGUGAGAAGAAGGAACAGCUUUGGUGCCAGAAAUUACCAACUGAACCGCCCGCCACAGCUAGAGCCGCCCACCACAGCAUCUUUCAGUGACCGAAUUCCCCAACCCAGCAAGGCACUCCGCGAUAGUGCAGCUUACGACUUUCUCCUGCGCCGGCCAUUACCGGAACUUCCUCCAACCGACCUAGCAGACGACCUCGAUCCCAGAACAUCCCGUGGCUCGAUAGUGACAUCGAGAAGAUCAUCCGUCUCCUCUAGAGCGCCUUCAAUCACUCCAUCACUGCUCCCCUAUAUUGAUGGGGAAUCAUUUGUUUCCGAGAGCUUCGAGCUUGGCGUGGCAAAAGGGGUAGAGCUCUCGCAGAAGAAGGAGAAGGAAGACAAGCUCUGGCGUCGAUGGUCGCGCAAGACGACGGCCAUGGCAUUGCCUGCAGAGUGGUUGUCCUCCAGAUCCACGACGUUGCCCUCAACAGGACAGAUGGCGUUUGAUGGUUCGAAAGCUCAAGAGACGGGAAAGCUGUGCAAAACCUCCGAUGUUUCUGGUUCUGAUUAUGACGCCACUUCCAUCGCAUCCUCCACCAGUUUCUACGAGUAUGACCGUAAAAGGUCUUUUGAUUCAACUGCAGCACCGCGAGAGACUGAACACCUUGUGCUGGGUGAAAAGGGGCAACCGCACAUCGCACUGACACCGAUGCAAGAGGAACGUCGACGCAGGGAUGUUGACACCGCUGGCGCAGGCAAAGUUAGCCCUAAAGCGAAGCAAUUACUCGGAGAUGAACUGGAUUUCUCCUCAAAUUUUGCGUUGUCUUCCAGCAAACAAAGGGCCAAUCCAUCCAUCCAAUCUUUCGGCACCUUGAGCGUAUCGGAGUUAGAGUGGGCUGGCGGCUCACCGCUGACCCCUGAAAGCUUGAAGCGUCAGCGUCAGCCCAGCACAAACUUCCUAGCCAAGCUUUGGAGCCCGCGCGCCAAGAAUCGCUCCACCAGCAGCAAGUCAUCACCUUUCGAAAGACCAAGUGGGAAUGCGGAAGGGUCGCUGAAGGGACUGAAAAAGAAGGGUUUCGGUGCAAGCGGUUCCAGUCUUGUAGUUGGGCUCGGAGGACAUCUUGGGCCUAGCAAUACUUGGAUUUAGAAGGGAGCAUACACUCGAUGAUUGUGGGGGCAAUGGUUUCUUGGGUUACAAUGAAAGUGUCAGAAGGCACCUUUGAAGGGUGAUGCUGUCCCCGGGUCCUGGGCCUGAGGGACUUGACCGGUCCGGUGUGUAGUAUAUGUGUCAUGUGUUAUUGGAGAUAUCUUGACAUGAGGGUCAAAGAUACUUGGGGCGAUUGUCAGGCUGCAUUUGUGUCUAGGAUUUUAUUGCCCUCGUUGCUAAACGCGAAAACGAGCCGGUUUGGGAC